AUUUUACAUCAAUGCUCCAUAUAUAUAUAUAACCCCAGAGAGUUCCAUCUAGCUAGCAUGCAUACAUAUAUAUGCUCCUGUGCUUGUUGAUCAUAUCCAUCAUAUAAUAUUUAGCAUCGAUCUGUUCUAGUUAAUCAAUUAAUUAAGCUCGUACUUGAGUCCCCAUCAGCAAAGAUCUCACCAAGUUUUUUCAUCACGAGAUCAAUUUUGUCUUCUGAGGGAUAGCUGAUCGAAAUGGCGUCGAGGAGAAUUAUCAAGGAGCUGAGGGACCUGGAGAGAGACCCUCCAACUUCAUGCAGUGCAGGUCCAACGGGUCAAGACAUGUUUCAUUGGCAAGCAACCAUCAUCGGCCCAAACGACAGCCCCUACACUGGUGGUGUUUUCGUCGUCACCAUCCAUUUCCCUCCUGAUUACCCUUUCAAACCUCCUAAGGUUUCGUUCAGGACAAAGGUCUUUCAUCCUAAUAUAAGCAAUACCGGUAAUAUAUGCUUGGAUAUUCUCAAGGAGCAAUGGAGCCCUGCUCUUACCAUUUCCAAGGUUCUACUGUCAAUAUGCUCCCUGCUAACGGAUCCAAACCCGGAUGAUCCGCUGGUACCAGAGAUAGCUCAUAUGUACAAGACUGACAAGUCCAAGUAUGAGUCCAUGGCAAGAAGCUGGACCCACAAGUAUGCCAUGGGUUGACUCGCUACUACUCUUCAUUUCAUUCUUCCAACAAACUUCCUUCCACUUCCCACUCAAUAAUAAUAUACAUCCCACGUUUCACCAUAUAGUAUCAAUAUAUAUCCCAUGCUUCACUAUAUAUUUUCAUUAUAUAUACUCAUAUGAUUACUCUCAUAUGCGUUUUGCCCCCAAAGGUUUCUGCUUCUCACCGCUGGGUGCUGGCUUAAUUUGCUAAACGUACACUAGCCUGUUUCUGUGUGUUGAAUUAUGUACUGGAUCGUCAGCACUUUCGAGCCUGAUGGUUUUCGGGGCUUUUAAUUAAAUUUAUGGAAUAAGAGGCUGUCAUUUUUCCAA